UGUGACGGAGUCUUGCGUGCGCAGGGGGUUUAUGGGUACCCGAUUGAGAUCCAAGCUCUCUUCUUCAUGGCUCUACGAUCAGCAAUGUCGAUGCUAAAGCACGACACUGAAGGGAAAGAGUUCAUGGAGAGGAUAUCUAAGCGGCUACACGCGCUCAGCUUCCACAUGAGAAGCUAUUUCUGGCUGGAUUUUCAGCAGCUCAACGACAUUUACCGUUACAAGACGGAGGAGUACUCACACACGGCGGUCAACAAGUUCAACGUCAUCCCUGACUCGAUCCCUGAGUGGGUGUUCGACUUUAUGCCUCUCCGUGGCGGCUACUUCAUAGGAAACGUCAGUCCAGCUCGUAUGGACUUCAGGUGGUUUGCCCUUGGUAACUGUGUAGCGAUACUUGCUUCAUUAGCCACGCCUGAGCAGUCGGCGGCCAUCAUGGACUUGAUCGAGGAACGGUGGGAAGAGCUGGUCGGAGAGAUGCCGGUUAAGAUUUGUCAUCCGGCUAUUGAGAGUCAUGAGUGGAGGAUCGUUACUGGUUGUGACCCUAAGAAUACUCGGUGGAGUUAUCAUAACGGAGGUUCUUGGCCAGGUGAUUUUUUUUUCUUCUUUUCUUUCUUGAAAUUAUUCUCUUUUAGAUUAUGAUGAAAGUUUAGAUAUUUACAUCUUUUUACUUUGUGAAAGUCAAGAUUUAGUAGGUAUCUAUAUUAGCGUUGAUUU